AUGGACAUUGACGACGGCAAGGAGGAGGGCGGAACUGCAGCUGCUCCCACUCGCCCCGAGCGUGUCAAGCAGGCUUCACAGGACACACCAAUGUUUAAUUUCAGGACACCCAGCCCGGCUCUCCGGCAGGAUUGCGGCAAGAGUGACCUCAAUUCCACCCAGCCACCGUUUCCCAUCCGGCCGAUCCCAAACCGGUGCAUUUUUAUGCCCUUAUUUUUUGCGAAACCGGCAGAUGAUUCGGGCGUGGUCGUCGUCGAGAUGGAGCCGGCAAAGCCACCGCCGCUACGAAGCCCAUGGCGCACCAAUGAAGCGUUGCAGCCGGUACCGCCGGUGGCUACGGCCCCGGAAGCGGCGCAGAAGCGAGCGGAAACCAUCGUGGAACCGGAAGCGAAGCCUGUGCACAUUUCCCGGAAGUCGCGCAGGAAG